GCAGAGACCGCAAAACAUAACAUUCUCAGACAUCCGCUAUGUUCCUUCCCACUAUUCUGUGAAUCUCCAUUUCUCCACCCGUCUCGGUUCGUUUGUUUUCCUCGCGACGCGGAGGAGAGCGUAGUCCUACGCGCAAGUAGGUGGAGAAAAUGAAAAGUUAACGAUAUUGACUAUAAGCGACAGCCAACACAGUGUGAAAGUGAAAGUGGCACCAGUUGGCAUUCCCAAAGACCGUCGUUUGAUCUGCUUUUCAUAGCUGUCCCAAUAGAGGGCUGUUACUGAGGGAGGUCUCCUCUUAGUUGGUGACGGUUACAGUAGGCGACACGGAGCCUGUACAUUGUCCUGGCCAGGUUUUUCUCCCAAGAUUCAAUAAGGUUCGAUUUCAAGUCUUUGACUAGUGGUGUGGAGGCCAAGAUGUCAUCGACGAUGCCAAGCUCUAACAACAUAGCCCAAGCCAGAAGGACAGUACAACAGCUGAUGAUAGAGGCCAGUAUUGAGAGGAUAAAGGUAUCCAAGGCCUCGGCGGACCUCAUGCACUACUGUGGCGAACACGCCAAGUACGACCCUCUGCUCAUGGGCAUCCCUGCCUCAGAGAACCCCUUCAAGGACAAAAAGCCCUGCGCUAUAUUGUAGUGAAGGCCUUUUUAUUUAUCUGUUUGCUUCUUAAUGUUGCCUGUAUUUUAUUAUCCGGGGAGAAUUGUGAUCUAAAACCACUACUCAUCCAUCGACCUUGCCUUAAAGCCUGUAACGUUACCCUUUAAUGAAAAUGCUGUAUUUUAUCACUCAAUUUGAACUUGCCAUAGUUACCUACAUAACAUACAGUAAACGGUUAGAAUAUACACUACCAUUCAAAAAUUUGGGGUCACUUAGAAAUAGUCCAUUAAAAUAACAUCAAAUUGAUCUGAAAUACAGUGGAGACAUUGUUAAUGUUGUAAAUGACCAUUGUAGCUGGAAACGGCAGAUUUUUUAUGGAAUAUCUACAUAGGCGUACAGAGGCCCAUUAUCAGCAACCAUCACUCCUGUGUUCCAAUGGCACGUUGUGUUAGCUAAUCCAAGUGUAUCAUUUUAAAAGGCUAAUUGAUCAUUAGAAAACCCUUUUGCAAUUAUGUUAGCACAGCUGAAAACUCUUGUUUUGAUUAAAGAAGCAAAUAAUCUGGACUUCUUUAGACUAGUUGAGUAUCUGGAGCAUCAGCAUUUGUGGGUUUGAUUAUAGGCUCAAAAUGGCCAGAAACAAAGAACGUUCAUCUGAAACUCGUCAGUCUAUUCUUGUUCUGAGAAAUGAAGGCUAUUACAUGCGAGAAAUUGCCAAGAAACUGAAGAUCUUGUACAACGCUGUGUACUACUCCCUUCACAGAACAGAGCAAACUGGCUCUAACCAGAAUAGAAAGAGGAGUGGGAGGCCCCGGUGCACAGCAUGGUGUUUAUACUUGCGUACUAUUGUUUGUACAGAUGAACGUGGUACCUUCAGGCGAUUUGGAAAUUGCUCCCAAGGAUGAACCUGACUUGUGGAGGUCUACAAUUUUUUGUGGAGGUCUUGGCUGAUUUCUUUAAAUUUUCCCAUGAUGCCAAGCAAAGAGGCACUGAUUUUGAAGGUAGGCCUUGAAAUACACUGUCACGCCCUGGCCUUAUUAUUCUUUGUUU